AUGGAAGGUCCUCUUGCCACAGGAUACCCUAAAUCAACUCACCAACAGAACGAGACGUGUGCCGUUUUUAAAGGAAAUGCAUGCACUGAUGAUAUUGAAGAAGAACGUAAACAAGUCUCGGACAGGCUCACGUCUACUCUCCUGACUCCGACAAAUCUUUCUUUGGGAAAAAUUUCAGAAAAAAAAGAAAAGUGUAAUGAGAAGGAUUAUUUGCCAGCAGGAACUAAUAUUACUUGUCCUACUAAUGAGUUCGAAAGACCUUCGGCGAGAUUCGUGUACAACAAAAGCUCCUGUUUUAAGCGCAAAAGUGAUGUUUUUAACGACACUCAUGUAGAAGACGGAAGCCUCCAAAAGUCUCACGAACUUUCUUUAUUUGGGGUUAAGAACUUUGGAAGCACAAACUUACUUGAGCAUCACAACAGAUUUAAUAUUGCUGGAAAACUAGGAUUUGAUGUGGGCAACUCUUCCUCAGGUGGAGAAACAAAUGCUGCCGCAAGAACUCGUGUCUAUCAUAGGAAAACAAAAUCUAGCAAAGUAGAGAUUGGGUAUACUAAACAUGACAGUGUCGCUGCAGUCCAAAUGGAGGUACAUGUAAAUGAAUCUCCUUGUUGGGCGGCAAAAGCAAUUGUAACAGAUGUGAAUCUUCAAGCGAAGUUUAGAGUGGGAAAGGUUCAUGACGCAUAUUCGCAUUUUGUGGGUGCUUUUUUCUAAAUGCACGUGCGUUUAUUUGGAAGCGAUUUCCGGUUAAUGUCCAUACUCCUUAAUUUAAUAGUUGAUCGACUUUUUCAUGUUCAAUCAAUGACAUGUAGCUAGGUUGUGGAGACCAGUCAAUCAGUUAGGCAGGCAGGAAGGCAGUUGAUCUACAUUUUCAUGUAUCAACCAAUCACAUUUAGCUUGUUUGUGGAGACCAGUUAGUCAGUAGUUCAGUCAGUCAGGCAAACAGGCAGGCACGCAGCUGGCCAGGCAGUAAAUUUUUGGGCUUGACAGUCUGGCAAGCAGUCAACUGGUUAGCCAGUUGUUCAGUGCUUCACUCACGCAGGUAUGUGUGAAUUUGAUAGUCAGACAGACAAUGUGUCAGCUAUUCACUAAGUCAGUCAAUCAAUUAGUUUUUCAUUUAAACAGCCUGAAAGGCAGGCAUCCAGCAAACAAAUCAAUCAGUCAGUAAAUCGUCCAGCCACAUGUAGUGUGCCAGAUGGUUACUCGGCUGGUCAGUUGGCUCUCAAGGCACGCCUCCAUCAACGAAAAGAAAAAUCACCACGAUGCUGGAAUAUUGAUCAAUCAUAACUUAACAAUCAGUUAGUCAGCGAGUGAGUCGGUCGGUCUCCUGGUCAUUCAGUCAGUCAAUGACUCAAUCAGGCUGGCAGUCGGUCAGGUGGUCUUUCAUUCAAUCAGUUUGUCAAUCAGCUUGUCAGCAAGUUGUCUUAAUCUCUUGGUUUUACCAAACAGGAAUCAGAAGAACAAGUAAACAAGGACUCUGGAAAAGCCGCAUUCUCUGGAGCAUAUCAGAAUGAUGUGAGUAUUAACUUUUUUUUAAUGGGAAUAAAAAUUUAGCCGAUUCUCUUCUCUCUGUUGGUUCGAAAUGUCAGCUUUGAAACUCUUUACGAUAGUCAAUUUACGUUAUCAACUCAGUUGAUAAUUCUAAAUUACUUCGUGGCUGUAGUUUACUUGUAGCUAGGGGUAAAGAGGUUAUAUUUUCAACAUUUUUGGCUUAUUUCAUUCCUUUUGCCUCAAGAAACAAGGCAACUAAUCUUUCCUACCCUCAAUAAAGUCUGGCUCCUUAUAAUCUUUCAGAUCAUCUCAGUUUCCCGAGUGACUAUGACAUAAUUACAAUUAAGGCAUUGAGAACAUCGUCAUUAUAGAAAACCAACAUCUCCUGCAACUCUUAGGCGAUUGAAAAUAUUGAGACAUAUUGUUUCUUUCGAUCGCCAUAUAACUGAAUUUUGAAAUAACUUUUUUUAAUGCGUUUUCUCUUCUCUUGUUUGUUUUUUAAUCGUUUUAUUUUGUAUUUUAUCAUAGGAGGUGAUGUUACUUGGCGAGAAUGGACAAAGCAAUUUCUGA